AGUAGUCCACACACUCAUGGACGCAGCCAGACGGGCAACCAGUUUCAUUGUGUAUAAACAGUGACAUCUUUUCAGACAGCGAAUGUGUUUCAGAUACGCAUACAAAGUGGCCUGCCUGGCUGUGCAUUAAUUUGCAUACAAAUCCCAUAAGUCCACAGAUACAUUUUGCGAAUGCAGUCGCGCUCGAUGGCUAGUAAAAAUAUUUUUCCAUUGCCCAGUAAAAUCCCCUGCGCACAAAACUGGUUGCCCGACCAACAGACCCACUAAGCCACAAAAGUGCUGAUUAAUCGUACAAACAUACUUACCCCAAUUCGCCCGCAGAAAACUCCAAGAUGAAGAUGAUACUUGCGCUUGUCGUCCUUGGACUGGUGCUGGUCGCCGCCGAGGAUAAGUACACCACCAAGUACGACAACAUCGACGUCGACGAGAUCCUGAAGUCGGACCGCCUCUUCGGAAACUACUUCAAGUGCCUGGUGGACAACGGAAAGUGCACCCCGGAGGGCCGGGAGCUCAAGAAGUCCCUGCCGGACGCCCUGAAGACGGAGUGCAGCAAGUGCAGCGAGAAGCAGCGCCAGAACACCGACAAGGUCAUUCGCUACAUCAUCGAAAACAAGCCCGAGGAGUGGAAGCAGCUGCAGGCCAAGUACGAUCCCGAUGAGAUCUACAUCAAGCGCUACCGCGCCACCGCCGAGGCCUCGGGAAUCAAGGUGUAAGGCGGAUCCCGGUUCCGGAAACUCUUGGUUAUAUGCACUGUUAAUUAGGUCUACGCUUAUAUCUGAUCAUCAAAAUUAUUUCUACGAUCGUGCUCGGAAUAAAGAGAUUUGUUUUUUUACCAU